UGUUAAGGAUUACCAAAUUCGUUAAGAAUGACUUCAAGAUGGUUGGAAGUCAACAGAUUCGUGAAUGCUUCGGUCCGUGUGGAACGCCAAGUCCACCUUGCCCACCGUGCCCACCUUGCCCACUUUGUCCACCGAUUGCCCCCGACCCUUGCCCGCCAGUAUUUCCGCCACCUUGUGCCCCGCUACCACCAUUCGCUUGCAAUCCAAGGACCAAGUACCAAGUACAUUUUUAUAACAUAUCCGACCCGCCACCAAAGACGGAAAUGAAAGAUUUUGUCGAUAGAAUCGCUCAAACGGUUUUCUGGACUGAAAUAAUACGAGCCUUUGCUGUGACACUGGGUCACAUUUUCAAAGAACCUGCCACGAUAAACUACCCAUUCGAAAAAGGACCGUUAUCUCCACGAUUUCGCGGUGAACACGCACUAAGGAGAUAUCCGUCAGGUGAAGAGAGGUGUAUUGCUUGCAAGUUAUGUGAAGCUCUAUGUCCAGCGCAGGCCAUAACGAUUGAAGCACAGGAGCGUGACGACGGCUCACGCCGUGCUACACGGUACGACAUAGAUCUCAGCAAGUGUAUCUUCUGUGGGUACUGCCAAGAAGCAUGCCCUGUCGAUGCAAUAGUUGAAGGACCGAAUUUUGAAUAUUCAACAGAAACACACGAAGAACUUUUAUAUAAUAAAGAAAAGCUGCUCCUUAACGGCGAUCGCUGGGAACCAGAGAUUGUGAGCACGAUUAGAGAUAAUCAUCUAUAUCGUUGAUUUACAAUACUAGAAAUAAUAAUAACAAAAACUGACUAACUUUUUGUUCUUCAUUGACAACGAAUACAAAAAUUGUAUUUACUUAAGUGACAUGGGGCACUCGAAGUAUCUAUUGACCUACAACGAGUAGAAGCGACUGGGCGCGACGGU